GUUGAUUGUUUAGACUUGAAAGACGAGUCUCAAUGUGUAUUGACUCUUACUCCUUCGCUGCAAGAACAAGAAACUUCAGGUUCAAAUGGAUUACCAGUACAAGGACGAAAUCCUGUCGAGGCAGCUGUAGCGGAACUGCUUUCAGGGCUGAGCAAGCCUGUUGGGGAUUCUUCAAUAAGUGAGGAACAAAGUAGUGACGUUGUGGUUGCAAAUGCAUCGGAGCCUCUUUGUAAAGGAGAUGAUUUUAGGUGUCAACUCAUCCCAGAAUGUAUCCCGAAACGGGAAAGAUGUGACGGGACUCCCCAGUGUCGCGAUCAAUCAGACGAGCAUCGUUGCUCAUGCCUUGACAGACUUCGCAGUGUAAAACCAGGUCUAGUAAACGAUGGAUAUUACGACUGCUUUGAUGGAAGCGACGAAUUUGUCAAACUAUGCCAAGGCUUCAUGUGUGAAACGAGCAGGCAGUGUAUAGCCAUGAGUGAGGCAUGCGAUGGUGUUGUUGACUGCCAGUAUGCCGAAGAUGAAAUUAACUGCAUUGGCCUUGUGUCUGCGGUUGACCCCCCUUCGUUGAGUGGCCUGCUGGACCUAUCAGAGCAGCGGAGUCCGGCUGGGAUGUUGAUGCGCAAAGAAGGCAUUUCGUGGAGGCCCGUUUGUCUUGAAGGUGUCAGUACCGAACUGGUUAAAGAAAUAUGUCCCUAUCUUGGAUACAGUUCUGACCCAAUAGAAACCAGCCAUAACACCUCGGAUCCGAUAGAAAUCCUCUAUGAAGAAGAGACAAGGCGGCUGCGCGCCAACCAGAGUGUAGUCAACUUCCCGGCGAAACUGGGAGACGAACUUCCUUACUGGCGGGAAGACGCCGCGGCGCCACACCAGGGCGACGUGGGCCAGCAAGGCAGACAUGGCUUUCUGAAGCUCUUGCAGGUCAUUCAAAAAGACGGAUCUGAAGGCCGCUGUAAGAGCGAGGUUCGAUGUGGCGAGGAACUAUGCGGGAUUGUUCCUAGAUUCGUGUUCACUCAGGACAUUCCUGUAUGGAAGCUGGGUGGUGUGCCAUGGGCAGGAGCAGUUUAUGUGAACGGUCAAUAUAAAUGUGGAGCUACCAUUGUCCAGCCCUCCUGGGUUAUGACUUCAGUUGCCUGCAUUUCUCAGGUUGACCUCACUAAGUCUCGGGUGACUGUGGUAAUGGGCUCUUGGAGGAAAGUUGGAAAACCAACCCGUUUGUGGAGUGCUUAUGAACACGACCGUCGUGUGGACUACAAGGUGGCUGUGACGUCUUCGGAUAUAAUGCUACUUCACCUUCAGGAAAGGAUGCCUAAAUCACAUUAUAUCAAUCAUCUGUGUUUACCAAACAGUUUGCCGAAAGUACAACCAAACAGUUCUUGUGUCAUUGCUGGUUUGUCUGAAGAUGAUGAUCGCCUCUCACUUGGGAUAGCUUUUCACACUGAUGAAAAUUGUACCAAUAGUGAAAUUUGUAUUGCAGACGAUCUAGGCAAAGCUCCUUGCAUGUCAUCAUGGGCGGGCGUAAUUGCCUGUAGGACGGGUUCCGGAGCGAAUUCAGUAUGGACGGGUGUGGGAAUGUGGUCGCAUGGGAAGCACGACGGGAAUAGCAGUCAACCUGUCCGUCAUUCGUUAUUUACAAACGAGGACCUAAAUUCCAUCUUCAGAAUCUUAGCAACCCCAGACACGAGCAUACCAACAGUACCAGAUAUCUGUGAGGGUGACGCAUGUGCAACGGGUGUCUGUAUUGGACAGGAGAUGAAAUGCGACAUGAAGCUAGACUGCCCUGACCUUGCUGACGAGCUUCCAACCUGCCCUACACAUUUCUCCCUCUGUGCCCCUGACAAGGAAACAGACACCUGUGUUUGUGAGGAUGAAAUGAUGCAGUGUCCCGACAAGAUUUGCAUUCCUUUCGACAAAGUGUGUGAUGGCAUCUCUCACUGUCUUGAUGGUUCUGAUGAAGUAAACUGCACAUGUAUCGAGAUGCUGCGACGUGUUGACAGAAGGAAAGUGUGUGAUGGAAUUAUAGACUGCGAAGACCAAGACGAUGAGAAGUACUGUGGCUGCUCUGAUCAUUCUAAAUUUCGAUGUUAUAAUUCAUCACAGAUGUGCAUUGAAGAGGAACUGAUGUGCGAUGGUAAGAGUGAUUGUGAGAAUGGAGAGGAUGAGAAUCACUGCUUAGCUUUGUCACCUUGGGUCUUUGUGUCGGAGACAGUGCUAGGCAUUCCACAACGCAGUCGUGAAGGUUUUCUUAUGUUACGGAUGAGAGGACGCUGGUUUACCUACGGCAGCAAACACUGGUCAAAGAACACCUACCUUUCUGGCCACUUGUGCCAGAACCUUGGCUACCCUAAUGUCAUCGCUACAGUCAGUCGCUCUCUCAGCAUGGAACAGGUGAUCGAAAUAGGCAAGGAAUUUGCCAAUUCUACCAAUGCAGACCUAACCAAAUUUGACACAAGUCGUCUGCUACCUAGUGAGGAGGAAGAUAGCACAUCAGUUGUAUAUGUUGUCUGCCUUGAAGAAGAUUAAGAGAAAUAAGUGGGACAUUUUUAGCACAGGAGUAGCAUAGAUGUUCAUUUUGAAGUUUAGUUGUUGCAAUGCUUUUAUAUUUUUCUAUAGUAUAUAUUGUAAAUUAAUACUGCUUUAUGGUCAAUUUUAUUAAAUGUUUUAUGUACAAAA